GGCUAGCUAGGCAGAACUUCACUCGGGAGAUAUCGGAUGUUGGGAUGUCGAAAAUGACUUGACCGCUUUAGGCUCGGGUGGGAUAGGACGAUAGAUGGAUGGUCACGGGAUACAGGCAGGCUGUUGGUCACGGGAUAAUAUGAUAUGAUAUGAUGGCGGCCUUGGGAGGGCUGGCUAGCUGGGUUGGGUUAGGGCCAUCUGAUAAGAUUGGUGUCUUCCUUUCCUUUCCCCUCACUUGCUUUGCUUGACAUCGUCUGUUGAUGUUAUCUAUCUAUCUAGUAUCUCAUGGGUUAGGACUGUCUUCUGCUAGAGGACAGACAGACAGAUAGACAGACUCUAUCUGCGAUAGCAUUUCCAUUCCUCCUGUUUCACCGCUGAAACAGCUGAGACAGUCAAGAUAACCAUGGCUCCUGCACUCACCGUCCUAUUGCCAAUCCUAGCUGCUCUCAACCCGCUUCUCUGCCUUGUUGGUGCAACGCCUGUUGAUAUCGACGACGACACAAUCACCCUUCCCAACACCAACCCAGAAAUCCAAACAACCACCCCACCCACCUGGUCCGAAUCCACCCGCCUCGCGCGUCGUCUCCUCGCCCUCUCAAAAACAGGCUCCAUAGCAAGCACAUUCCCCGCCACGCACCCCCUCGCGGGCCUCCCCAUCACCCUCCCCGAAUACAUCGCCGACUGCUCAACCGACGACGACGGAAACCCGACCCUCCUCGCCCUCCCCGUCUCAACAACCGUCCGCAACGCAGCAGCGGGAUCAAACCUGUCUCUCUCGCUGGACUGGUGGAGCCACGUUGACUCCGCGCCGCCUGUGUUUCCGGGGUUCCCGCGCUCAGAGGCGGGGUUACCGCGUGUUACACUUAUCGGGUAUUUGGAACGGUUGGAUUUUGGGAUGGGGGAGGAGGGGGAAGAGGAGGUGAGGGCGUGCUUUUUGGAGAAACACCCUGAUGCGAGUGCGUGGAUUCCUGGGAGGAAGGGGGCGCCGCAUGAGAGUUACUGGGCGCGGUUGGUUGUGGAGGGGGUUUAUUGGGUGGGGGGUUUGGGGGGUUCAGCAGAUUGGGAUGGGGAUGGGAAGGGGUGGGGGGAUGUGAGGUUGCCUGGGGAGUGA